AGGAUCAAUGGAGCGGAGCUCGCACCGUCCCCUGCCGGGUCUGUCUGCCGCCGCCGCCUUCAGCCUGGGUUCGAAUGACUGGGAAUGGCGAGCGCCUGCCCCAGCCGGCACUUGGUGAGAUGAGCUCAGGCGGCAAUGGGCGCUCGGGGUAUUUGUGCAGAUUUUUCCCUGCCUCUGAAUAUUACUGCACAGAGCAUUUACGUAACCCGCAGCCUCUCCCCCCAACCUCUUCAGCUUCUCCCUCUGCUGCUGGCAAGCCUGAGCCGAGGGUGUUUUGUGUUAUACCAGAGGAGCUGGUGACGAUUUGAAUGCCUGCUACGCCUAGGAGGGAAAAACUCGGCUGUUUCACUCAGGGGGAACCAUGCACUCGGUGAUCUGGGUGGAAGGGCUCCUGUGUCAACUGUUUGUAUUUCUAACUUCAUGUCGGGGAUUGCGUUUACAUCCAAAACAAGAGAACUUCAUAAAGCAGCUAAGAUCUUACGAAAUAAUUACGCCGACGCGGGUGAACGAUUUCGGAGAGGUCUUUCCUCACGCCCUUCACUUCAGGAGGAAAAAACGGAGCUCUGGGCUGGAGCUGUGGACAACCCGGGCUCACUACCAGAUCAGCGCUUUCGGACACCUCUACCACCUGAACCUUAGCGCCGAGUCCGGCUUUAUCGCACCAACCUUCCGCGUCAGUCACCUGGGCAGCGCCGAGCACGGGGAGCCGCACUCGGACCUGAAGCACUGUUUCUAUGCAGGGCACGUCAACUCUCAGACUGAGCACACUGCCGUCGUCAGCGUCUGCACUGGCCUUAUGGGCACUUUUCAAACUGCCAAUGGACAAUAUUUUUUGGAACCUCUCCUGAAGCCAGAUGGAGACCAGUAUGAAGACGAGCACAAUAAACCCCAUCUCAUUUACCAGCAUGAACCACUGGAUAAUAACCCCCUGAGGAAAUCUUCUCAUCCUUGUGCAUCUUUAGAUCAGAAUCAUAAAACGAGGAAAAAACACUUAAAGAUGCACAAUGCUGGCAGUAUCAGAGAACACCUCACUAGUUUACAAAAGGUAAUUAAACCGACACGUUUACCAACCAUGGAACCUGAAGUGGGCAACAAAACACAGCAUCAUAUACGGCAAAAGCGCUUUUUGUCUUAUCCAAGAUUUGUGGAGGUCAUGGUCACCGCUGACAGCAAAAUGGUCUAUCAUCACGGGAGGAAUUUACAGCACUACAUUCUAACACUUAUGUCAAUAGUGGCUACAAUCUACCGAGAUUCAAGUGUGGGAAACCUGAUCAACAUUGUCGUUGUCAAGUUAGUUGUGAUUCACAAUGAGCAAGAAGGCCCAUCCAUCAGUUUUAACGCAGCUACAACACUUCAUAACUUCUGUGUGUGGCAGCAGAGUCAGAACACCUUGGAUGAUAAUCACCCGUCUCACCAUGAUACUGCAGUCCUAAUGACCAGGGAAGACAUUUGUAGAGCUAGAAACAAGUGUGAUACUUUGGGAUUAGCAGAACUUGGCACAAUGUGUGAUCCAUAUCGCAGUUGCUCCAUCAGUGAGGAGAAUGGACUGAGCACAGCUUUCACUAUAGCACAUGAGCUUGGGCACGUGUUCAACAUGCCUCAUGAUGACAGCAUCAAAUGCAAAGAGGCUGGAGUGAAGCAUCAGUAUCAUGUUAUGGCUCCAGCCUUGAACUACCACACCAACCCCUGGACGUGGUCAAAGUGCAGCCGCAAGUACAUCACUGAGUUUCUAGACACGGGUUAUGGAGAAUGCCUACUUGAUGAGCCUGUAGCGCGGAGCUAUGACUUGCCAGCCCAGCUACCUGGUCAAAUCUACAACGCAAACAAGCAGUGUGAACUGAUGUUCGGAGCAGGAUCACAAGUGUGCCCCUACAUGAGACAAUGCAAGCGGCUGUGGUGUACGAGUGCAGAAGGAGUACACAGGGGUUGCCGUACACAGCAUAUGCCUCUGGCUGACGGGACAGACUGUGGCCAUGGAAUGCAUUGUUGGCACGGGCUCUGCGUGAACAAGGAGAUGGCGGCAAGGCCAGUGGACGGAGCGUGGGGGCCCUGGGGACCGUACGGAGCGUGCUCCAGGCCGUGCGGGGGAGGCAUCAGAAACGCAGUGAGAGACUGCAACAAGCCGGAGCCCAGGAAUGGCGGGAAGUAUUGUGUGGGUCGUAGAAUGAAGUUCCGAUCCUGUAACACCGAGCCGUGCCCAAAGGGCAGAAAGGAUUUCAGGGAAGAGCAGUGUUCAGAGUUCGAUGGGAAGCAUUUUAACAUCAACGGGUUGCCAGCAAACGUGCGUUGGCUUCCGAAGUACAGUGGCAUUCUGAUGAAGGAUCGCUGCAAGCUUUUUUGCCGUGUGGCUGGGACGACUGCAUACUACCAGCUCAAGGAUCGCGUCACCGACGGCACCACCUGCGGCCCUGACACCAACGACAUCUGUGUGCAAGGCUUGUGCAGACAGGCGGGAUGUGAUCACGUGUUGAAUUCCAAAGCAAGGCGGGACAAAUGUGGAGUGUGUGGAGGAGAUAAUUCCUCUUGUCGGACCCUGGCUGGUACUUUUAACAAUGCACAGUAUGGGUAUAAUGUUGUCGUACGAAUACCUUCAGGAGCAACAAACAUUGAGGUACGGCAGCACAGUUACUCAGGGAAACCAGAAGAUGACAAUUACCUUGCGUUAUCUGACAGUCAAGGCAAUUUCAUCCUGAAUGGAAACUUUGUGGUGAGCAUGUUUAAGCGAGAGGUAAAUCUACAGGGAACCACAAUCGAAUACAGUGGCUCAGACAGUGAUGUGGAACGGAUUAACUGUACAGGCCGAAUUGAAGAAGAGUUGAUUCUUCAGGUUUUGUCUGUUGGAAAUUUGUACAACCCUGAUGUGCGUUACUCCUUUAAUAUACCAAUAGAGGAUCAGCUGGGAUUGUUUGUUUGGGACCCGUAUGGUUCAUGGCAAGAGUGCAAUAGACCGUGCCAAGGGGAACGGAGGAGAAAGGUGGUCUGUGUGCGGAAAGCAGAUCAGCUGGUUGUUUCUGAUCAACGAUGCGAGCACUUGGCUCACCUGACUGCAGAGAGUGAGCUGUGCAAUAUGGACUGUGAAUUAAGGUGGCAAGUCUUAGGGAAGAGUGAAUGUACGGCACAGUGUGGACCAGGGCAUCGAACACAGGAUAUUCACUGCAUGAGGUACAUCCACGGGAAAGGACUGAGCGAGUCCAUGGACGACAGGUAUUGUGCCGAUCAACCGAAGCCUCCCAGCCGAGAAGCCUGCCAUGGUGAUUGCCUCAGGACCAGCUGGCAUUAUACGUCCUGGUCACAGUGUUCCAAGAGCUGUGGUGGGGGAGUAACGACGCGGGAAGCCUACUGCAUGAACAACCUCGGGAGACGCCUUGUAGACCGAGAGUGCAACGAGCAUCAGAGUGUUACAUCUCAGCCGUGCAGUGAAUUCCCCUGCCCUGAAUGGACAGCCAGCCAGUGGAGUGAAUGUCUUGUCACAUGUGGGAAGGGCACAAGGCAUCGGCAAGUUUCCUGUCUGCUGAAUAACGAACAGCUGCAGGAUGAAUUUUGCAAUCCAAGUACGAAGCCAGAGAGCACAGACAACUGUGAGCUCCAGGAGUGUGCCUCGUGGCAGGUCGGAGCCUGGGGGCAGUGUGCUGUCACCUGUGGCCAUGGAUAUCGGUUGCGAGCAGUGAGGUGUGUGGCUGGGACGUUUGGUGCAAUUAUCGACGACAGGGAAUGCAAUGCUGCAAGCCGUCCAAGGGAUAACCAGGAUUGUGAGAUGCCUUCCUGUUUAGAACUUCCUCAGAUGGCCUCAAGUCCGAGUCCAGCCACUCAGAAGGAGGCAAUGGCCCAGUGGAGAUUCGGAUCCUGGACUCAAUGCUCGGUCAGCUGUGGUGAAGGAGCGCGUGCCCGCUACGUCAGCUGCAGGGACGCUCAGGGUGGAGUGGCUGAUGAAAUGUUCUGCGCACACUUGCCUCGCCCCCCUGAAGCAGCGAUGUGCUACAGUCCCUGCGGGAGAUGGCAUGCUGGCGAAUGGUCACCAUGCUCUGCCACCUGUGGUCCUGGGACGGCCACUCGCCAAGUUGUCUGCGUCACCUUUCAACAUCAGCUGGCGGCUGAGAGCGACUGCGACGCCAUGGAGAGACCCGCCGAGGAGCAGGGGUGCAGCUUGGCCUCAUGCCCCCGCGUCUACCCCCUUCACGACUACCCUGCCCGCUCCGCGCAGCGCGACCACACACCACCCCCUGCGGACUACCCUUCCCAUGACACAGUCAGUCAAAACAGGUGGAGCAAUCCGUCAGGGACAAGUCAGUGGAGGACAGGACCUUGGGGAGCAUGCUCGAGCACUUGCACAGGAGGAUUCCAGCGUCGGGUCGUAGUCUGUCAGGAUGUGGAAGGACGAGGUGUUGACUCCUGCGAUGAGAGAGUGAAGCCUGCUGAAACCAGACACUGCGACGCUGGUGCCUGUCCUCACUGGAACUACGGCAACUGGGGCGAGUGUACGCGACCAUGUAACAGUGGAACAAGGACAAGGCUGGUUAUCUGCCAGCUCCCACAAGGCCAACAGCUGAGUGACCAAAGCUGUGACAUCUUGGAGAAGCCUCUGGACAGGGAACAGUGCAACAUGCAACCUUGCCCCGGCAGUGUCUCGUGGCAUCGCGGACCUUGGAACUCGUGUUCUGUGUCCUGUGGGAAAGGGACCAAGCGCCGGGAAGUUGCCUGCAUUGACAUGGAGCAGGUAGCCGUGGACCACAAGCACUGUGAGCAUCUGAAGAAGCCUCGAGUUUACAAGCGGUGCCGAGCAGGUCGUUGCCCCAGCUGGAGGGCCACCCCGUGGAGGGAGUGCUCAGUGACCUGUGGAGCUGGGUUUCAGCGAAGGGAUGUCUACUGCAGGUUGAAGGGUUUCGGUCGGGUCAGCGAAGAAGUGUGCUAUCCAUCCUCUCGCCCAGCCGCCACUCAGCAAUGCAGACUUCCCGACUGCCUGCACUAUGAAUGGCUCGCGCAGGAAUGGCAAGAAUGCUCUGUGUCGUGCGGCGAAGGGGUGCGAAAGCGGCGCGUUCAAUGUGUCAGCCGCACCCACGGGCAGAUGGAGGACGAGUACUGUGACCGCAUGUCCAAGCCCCCUGCCAUACAAAGCUGCUCCGCUGCACCUUGUGAACACAUCUGGAUUGCAGGGGAAUGGUCACAGUGUUCGGCAAGCUGCGGGCCAGGGUAUCAACGUCGGAUAGUUUUCUGCAGUGAGGUCCACUCUGGGCGAGAUCUUUAUUCAUACGGCCUGCCAACAACCUCAACGAGCCGCUGUCCAAUGCCGCCGCCCCCCAGUGUUCACGAGUGCAACGUCCAGCAGUGUCAUGCCUCAGCCAGCUGGAGGCUGGGAGCCUGGAGCAAGUGCACUGUGACCUGUGGUGUGGGUACAAUGGAGAGGGAGGUGCAAUGCCUUACUGACGAUGGUCUGCCCAGUGAACUGUGCAAACUCAGCCAAAAGCCACGGCUUCACACCCCCUGCUUCACCGACACUUGCAGCGUUUCAGCAAGUUGCAGUGAAAUCCAGAAGACAAAGGAAGUGCAAAGGGAUGGAGAGUACCUGCUAAACAUCGAAGGCAAACUCAUCAAGGUAUACUGUGCAGGAAUGCAUUCUGAUUAUCCUCGGGAAUAUGUAACACUAUCCAGCGGAGAGGCAGAUAAUUAUUCUGAAGUUUAUGGAUACAGGCUGAGAAACCCUUAUGAAUGUCCUUAUAAUGGACACAGAAGAGAGGACUGCUCCUGCAGAAAUGAUUACCUGGCAGCGGGAUACACAGUGUUUCGCAGAAUACGGGUUGACAUCAGCUCAAUGCGUGUCAUAAUUACAGACCUGCAGUUCGCACGGACGGUCCACGGAAGAGCAGUACCUUUUGCAACAGCGGGAGACUGUUACAGUGCAGCCAAGUGUCCUCAGGGCCGAUUUAGCAUUAACUUAAGUGGGACCGGGCUGAAGGCAGCAGAAGCUUCAAAAUGGAUUGCACAGGGAAACUACGCAACAGUCAACGUGCAGAGGUCACAGGACGGCACUAAGAUAUCCGGGAAGUGCGGAGGUUACUGUGGAAAAUGUGUCCCCCAAACCAGCACCGGUCUUCGGCUGCAAGUACAGUGAGGCCCAGGCGCCGAGAGGAGACAGCAGCGACACCAAGAAGACCGAUGCUGUCAGUGGAAGUCAGACUCCAUGAUGGGGUGGACAGCGUGUCCAAAUGUCAGCAUUGUCAGGUGCAGCAAAGAUCUGUAACAUGUCUGAGAUCAGCCAGCAGUAACAUUAUCUCCUUCCCUUCCAGUGGUCAUCCAUUGUGGCCUGGCACAGCAGCAAUACCAAUGGAUAAUUACUUUGCAGCAUGUUUGGAGUGGAAACCCAGUGCACAUGUGUAACACUUGCUUUUCCCAAUUCCUGUCACUUUGCAAAUCAUCCCUACCAGAGGCCUUUGCAUGCACAGAAUCUAUGGACUGUUGGCCACUCAGUGUACCAGACCAAGACUGCCACGCUGUUUAUGAAGACACACGCUCACACUUGGUUAAAGCGGUCCAGGUAUUUACAUCCAAACUUUUCACAAUACAAGAGAUGGCUGUGGUCAAUGCUGCACUUCUCCCAGAUCUCUUCAUCCACCCACUCUGCACCGCACAAGACAUUCAUUCCCUUCAGAGGGGAAUUUGAAUUCACAUUUGCCUUUCCCUGUGAUGGAAACAAGCCCUGUAGUUGGAGGGAGAAAGCAAUGGAAUUGGGGUGCACUACACCAGCAGGACAUUAGCUGGUACACUGUUGAUACAUCUGUUGGGUUCCCUCUGCAGUUCAGUUUACAGAUCAAGAUUCAAGUUUACUUAUCACGUGUGCAUCUGCGUUUACACCUGGGGGCAGCCGCAAGUUCAUAAUAUAUUUCAAUGCUUGGCAGAGCAGCACAGAACACAACAAACAACAAAAAAAAACUUUCUUUACUUCCCUCCCACCUAAGGGUAUACACAGUUCUCGAACCCCAGGACUUCCUCAGCCUCGAGCCUGCGGUAUACUUGGGCUUGGACUUGGCUCACAGACACCGAGCUUUGACUUCCCAGCAGAUUUUCAGAGAUUCACAGACUUGGGGCUCUGGUCAAUGUUUCUGAUGUUGGGACCUGUCAAAGGCUCCACAUUUCUUCAUUAUUUCAUCAGAGAAGAGUCAGAAGGAUUCAAGGAUUUAAAAAAAACACACACUGAGAUAUUCUUUGUCAGAAAAUUCACACACUCUAAACCCUUUCCAUAUUUAGUUGGAAGUGACUUCUUUAGAGUUUAAACACUAAUUAUAUUGGAAGUUGCUGGGUUACAUCACCUCCUGUGUUUUAAACUAAAUACCUGACGAUGCUCUCCUGGGAACAGUCUAAAGUUUUUAUUUCACUAAAGUAACAUUUAACUCCUGCAGUGAAGCAGUUGCCAGGAGAAUGUCAAAGCUGUCAAGAGUCUACAGUGAACACUGGCUACCUCUCAGCAUAAGAUGUAUAAAAGAGAUAUAUUUUAUUAUGUUGUAAAAUAUUUAUGCACUGUUGUAUUUAUUACUUGAUAUCUUGUAUGUACACUUCUAACUACUGAAAUAGUCUCAGAUAAGGACUACUGUCCUCCCACCACAUAGUUAUUAUGGAAUUUUGUGAACACAGCGUUGAAAAGGAAGGGAUGCCUUAUCACAGGGGUGGCGAACCUUUUUCAGAGUGUGUGCCCAAACUGGUGAUAAUCUUCUAAACAAUUCAUGCAUGUAUCAUGAUAGUUUUGAGCAGAGUUAUCUUUGAUUAAUUAAUUAAUAGCAAUAAUUAUGGACUUUUUUAAGGAGAAAGGAUGGAUCCUUUUGCUUAUUUAUGUGUAUUCAUUGUUUUAUUAUUCAUAAAAUAUAAAAGACAGAUUUAAAUAAUUGAAGCAUGUUCAGAAUUGUUCAAAGUUAUUAAUAUUAACAUUUUAAAAAUACAAUUGUAAAAUAACGUAAUUUCUAAAUAGUAUUGUUAUUGUCCCUCAUAUAUGACACAAGAAACAUGAAUGUGAUAUUAUAAACUUUGGUGCAUUAAUGUGGGGUUUAAAGAAUUGACGGGCAGCAUUGCAUGCAUUGUGCCAACAUAAUUUUGCAUGUGCCAUCUUGGGUACAUAUACCACAGGUUCGCUGCCUCCGCUGAUCAUCACUGCUUUGUAACUGAACACCACAGUAUAUCACACUUACUACUAUGCAUUCUGCAAACGUUAGGUGAGACAACAUACUGUGUCUCCUCUUUACAUCAAGGUAAGUUUCACAGACUAACGUGAAAUGCACACACACACACACACUCUCUCACACACACAAGCUGAACUGGUCAGAAUAUCAACGUACCUGUUGUUACUGCUAGCUAGUGACCACUGCAGUUGUUUUCACAUGGGUAUGUAGUGGUCCGAGAUUAUAUCAGCUAUAGGAAUCGACUGUAGAAACACCUGAAAAAAAACAGCCUCUAAUUGAUACCACUCAGUGAGGACAAAACUGAACCUGUAAAGAGCAGCGUAUCCUCCCUGUUUACAUGGAGAGAUUCUAUUGGGAUUUUUGUGCUGGAACUUACUACAUCCUUUGUCACUAUUCUGACCGCCUAUUUUUAUACCAGAGUAAAAUUGGCAGUGGACCAUCUUACUAUGGGACUGGAGGUACAUGGAAAUUCUUUCAGUGUGUAGGUUGUCACCUCAAGAAGCAGCUUGUGAACUUGAACUGGAAUUGAAGUCAAGACACUGCCCAUGCUGGAAUCUGGGGCACCGGCAUUCUUGUGGAGGACCAUGAAAGAACCAUGAGACAUCUGUGGAGGGAAAGGGGUGGUCAACGUUUUGGGUUAAGACCCUGCAUCAGGUGCUAUCAAAUGUCACAUAACGCUCUGCCUCAACAGAUGCAGCCUGACCCUGGGUUUGUUUGUCAGAAAUGAAACGGAGUCAGAUUUAUAUCUUCUCUGUGUGGCCUUCUGAAACACCGACUGUUAUCUAUUGUUUGCGUAAUCAACAGACAAACUCAAGCCCUAGUUGUUCCAUCCCUUGAGGGAUACAGACACCUUAAGAGCCAGUGGACAUUAAGACAGCUAAUAUGUCCGGGUUAUUUAAACAGGCAACACCAGAGAGCCAGAUCUGAGCAUCUCCUCAUUGACCGUACUUCAGCAAAGGCCACACCAACUGGAGCCGAGCCUACCUCAAGUGCAGCUGAUCUGCAGCCUCCCACGUGACAAUUUGACAGCUCCCGAGCAGUACGUGGCUUAGACCAAUGCCGGAGCGCUGAGCACCCGAGGUCUGCUUAGCAGAAAGGGGUUUCGCUUUGGAGCUCCUUAGGCUGACAGAAGGUGCUGGGGAUUUGUUUUGCUGGUCUGUAUCUUGUGAUGAGCUGACGGCUACUAAUAAUCUACAACCUCUCAUGUACGUAGCCCAUCCCUGCAAAGGGCAGACAGCUAUUCAUCAAACCGAUUCCAGAUGUCAGAUAUUCACCGGCUGUGUUGUAAGCCCUGGAGAAAGUGAAACUUCUGCAAACACGAGCUGUUGAUUACAAGCUGCUUCUCGCAAGGCUCCUGGCACGUUAUACCCAGAAUAGAAUCAGGUAGUAGUCUGGCUAUACCUUCGUUACAGUGCUCAGGACGCAGGCAUGCAAAACAUAUUCAGCAUUUCUUCAGCAAUUAUGAUAUAGCUUGGCAAUUAACUAAUGAAUCUAAUCUUUGCAUGACAAUCUCAGUCAGUUAUUUUAAUUAUGGUAUUAUUUAUUUAAUUGGGCUCAUACUUGCCUCUAAGGAGAGCAGUACAAAUAUGAAUCAUUUGGCUGUUUUUGUGUCCAGUAAUUUGGAGUAUAUUUUUAAACACCAAAUACAACUGAACACGACCUUAUUUUUAAAUGCAUACUGGAAAAGCAUUGAGCCGUAUAGAUUCAGAUGCCGUGAGAGCAAUUUAACUGAAAGUCACGUUGUGCCUUUCCAACUGUAAUCAAAACCAAUGCACUGUGAGUCCUUAAUUCAACGGCUCCCUCAGUGGCGUUGGCCUCAGGAAAAGUUGUGGACCUGUCGCCUUGCAUGGCCAGGCAUGCUGCAGUUGUUUCCUCUUUGGUAGGCCUCUGCAGGUUGAGGGCGACUUGUUUCCACUCUGAAUCUGUGGGAUCUGAGGUGACCCUUGUCAGUAUGGGAC